AUGCCCGAUAUACUUGCAACAUCAUACGCCCCUAAAUCCCUCAACGAUCUUGAGACGCUACUGAAGAAUGACAUCAAAGUGAAGGUUGCAGUGGACGGAGUUCUCCGCGGCAAAUAUAUGUCCAAGGAGAAGUUCUUGAGUGCAGCCAGCUCGGACGGCUUCGGGUUUUGUAGCGUCAUCUUUGGCUGGGAUAUCCACGACGCAGUCUACUCGCGCGAGUUAUUGAUUUCCAAUCGUGCGAACGGAUAUCGCGACAUUCUCGCGGUCAUUGACCUAUCCACAUACCGACGGCUUCCCUGGGAGAACAAUGUUCCAUUCUUCCUUGUGUCGUUCCUCGAUCCUGACACCAAGGAGCCGAUAUGCGUAUGCCCUCGUGGGACUCUCAAAGGCGUCACGGAUCGGGCUGCCGAAUAUGGUUGGACUUGUUAUGCCGGCGUAGAAUACGAGUAUUUCAACUUUAAAGAAACCCCCCAAACCGUCGCGGACAAACGAUUUCACAACUUGGAACCGUUGACGUCUGGAAUGCAUGGAUAUUCAUUGCUUCGCCCUCAGCUGAAUAACGAGUACUUUAACGAUCUCUUCGACGUCAGUGCCGUCUUUGAGGUUCCCAUUGAAGGACAUCACACGGAAACUGGACCCGGUGUCUUUGAAACAGCCUUAGCAUAUACGUCAGCUCAGAGGAUGGCCGAUAAUGCUUUAUUGUUCAAAUUCCUCGCCAAGAGUAUGGGUAUGAAGCACGGCGUCAUACCCAGCUUCAUGGCGAAGCCCUGGGGUAACCUCCCUGGAUGCAGUGGGCACGUACAUGUUUCCCUCCGAAAUAGCUCGGGAGCGAACAUAUUCGCUAUAGCGAAAGAGGAGGUUGAAGCAGGGGGACGUAAAGGAGCAGCUAAUGAGGAUACCAAGUACGUCAGCCAGGAAGCGGAAUGGUUCCUCGCUGGAGUUCUCGAAGGCCUCCCUGAUAUUAUGCCUAUGCUGGUCCCAACUGUGAAUGGGUACAAACGCCUCGUGGGCGGAGAGGCCUUUUGGGCACCUAAUGCCGUCACAUACGGCUAUGACUCGCGUGCUGCGUCGAUACGCAUCAUUUCGCCUCCAUCCGUAUCACCAAGCGCAACGCGGUUUGAGGUCCGCGUUCCCGGUGCGGAUAUGAAUCCAUACUUCGCACUGAGUGCAAUCAUCGCUCUUGGCAUGAGAGGCAUUCAAAGAAAAGUGGAAUUGACAGGGCCACCGGUCAGCCAACUUUCUCCAGAGGACAAGAAAAGCGGCAAGGUGAAGAUGUUGCCCACUUCGCUUGAGAGCGCGACGCAGCGCAUGAUGGCCCCAGGUAGUAUUGCGCGGGAAGAGGAUGUCUUUGGCAGUGAUUUCGUAGAGCAUUAUGGAGGUACAAGAGAGCAUGAAGUUAAACUCUGGAACGAGGCUGUCACGAACUGGGAAGUGGAGCGGUACCUCGAAUUAGUGUAA